AUGCCUGAUAUCUCCGCCGCAACUGUCGCCGCUACCUUCACGAGCACGUGGGUUGCCCGCUUCGGAGUGCCCUCCACUAUCACUACUGACCGUGGGCGGCAGUUUGAGUCGUGUCAAUUCAGCGCCCUCACCACCUUACUGGGAUCUCAACGCAUUCGGACCACUUCCUACCAUCCGGCGUCAAACGGCAUGGUGGAACGAUUCCAUCGACAACUCAAAGCCGCCCUCAAGGCACACCCCAACCCCACCUCUUGGACGGAAGUUCUUCCUGUCGUCCUGCUCGGCCUCCGUUCAGUCUUCAAGCCGGACUUGGGGUGCACCGUAGCAGAGCUCGUUUACGGCACAACUCUGCGACUACCUGGAGAAGUGUCCCCCAAGGCUACUCCCCCGCCAGAUCCAGCAAACUACGUUUCCCGGCUCAAAGCCAUAUUUGACUAG